CGGAGUUCUCCUGCCCCCUCCCCCGCCCGGCGCCGCCGUCGCACUUCGGUGCGUUGCACCGCGGGAGUCUAGGCAGUUCAGAGUGUGACUGGGCGCUGCACCCCACCCGGUGGGCGACGGCACGCGUGCUUGCGCCUUUUCGCCGGGGUCCUAGCCGCUGCACCGCCGGGAUCUGGGGAGGUACGGUGCCUGGCCUCUCGGUGCAUCGCAGCUCUGGGCGCCGCAGCCCGCGGCCGCCUGCCUGCCUUCCUCGGCCCUGCCUCUCCCUUGGGGCGCAGGCCGUCGGUGAUCAGCGGAGCGGGGCUGCGGUGCGGCGUCCAGCGCAUUCCCGCAGCCGGCCCUCCGGCCUGCCUUCCCCGCAGGCAGCCCGCGCCUUGGAGGGAGGGAGCAGUCUGUGCCGACACCGGCGCGGCCAGGUGGGGAGAUGAGCUUCUUCGGCUUCGGGCAGAGCGUGGAGGUUGAAAUCCUGCUGAAUGAUGCGGAGAGUAGAAAGCGAGCGGAGCACAAGACCGAGGACGGGAAGAAGGAGAAAUAUUUCCUCUUCUACGACGGGGAAACCGUCUCGGGGAAGGUGAGCCUGUCUCUGAAGAACCCCAACAAGCGACUAGAGCACCAGGGCAUCAAGAUCGAGUUCAUUGGACAGAUCGAACUCUACUAUGACCGUGGGAACCACCAUGAGUUUGUGUCCCUGGUGAAGGACUUGGCUCGGCCAGGAGAGAUCACCCAAUCACAGGCCUUCGACUUUGAGUUUACUCAUGUGGAAAAGCCGUACGAAUCCUACACGGGACAGAACGUGAAGCUACGCUACUUCCUUCGAGCCACCAUCAGCCGCCGCCUCAACGAUGUUGUCAAAGAGAUGGACAUCGUAGUUCACACACUUAGCACGUACCCGGAGCUGAACUCAUCCAUCAAGAUGGAAGUCGGGAUCGAAGACUGCCUGCACAUUGAAUUUGAGUAUAACAAAUCCAAGUACCACUUGAAAGAUGUCAUUGUAGGGAAGAUAUACUUCCUGCUAGUGAGAAUCAAAAUCAAGCACAUGGAGAUAGACAUCAUCAAACGGGAGACGACUGGCACAGGUCCCAAUGUAUACCACGAGAACGACACAAUAGCCAAGUAUGAGAUAAUGGACGGGGCACCAGUUCGAGGUGAGUCUAUCCCCAUCAGGCUCUUCCUGGCAGGAUAUGAGCUCACACCCACCAUGCGGGACAUCAAUAAGAAGUUCUCUGUGCGCUAUUACCUCAACUUGGUGCUGAUAGAUGAGGAGGAGCGGCGCUACUUCAAGCAGCAGGAAGUGGUGUUGUGGCGGAAGGGUGACAUCGUACGGAAGAGCAUGUCCCACCAGGCAGCCAUUGCCUCACAGCGCUUCGAGGGCACAACCUCCCUGGGUGAGGUGCGGACCCCCGGCCAACUGUCUGACAACAACAGCAGGCAGUAGGCCCCUGGGGCCAAGAAGUUGCUGGGCUUCUACUGCAGCACCCCCAUCUACCAAACACCAGCGACUGGGGGCGGGGGAGGAUGGUGUGAGGCUCAACUGGCCGUAACUUGCAACAUUGAAAACAAAUCAUGUUUUUUACUUAAAUUCUUUUUUCUGAAGAACCUAUGGGGCUUGGGUUGGGCAGCAGUCUCCCUGAGAGUCUGCAGCCUAGAUAGGGAUAGGGAGUGGGAACAUUCUGGAAACUAGUACCUCCUUUCGGAGGAACUGUCUGUUAAGGCUGCCUUAAGCCUUAAAGCAGAGUUGAGAGCACACAUCCUUGGCUCCCGGUUCUCUGGGCUUCCUGAUACAGAAGCUGAGUGUGUCCUGCCAGCAGGGCUCUGGGUAGUCACGUCCUACACUCCCUUCAACCAUUCUGAGGUAGUGGCAGAAGUUGUUGGGCCUGCCUCAUCUAAGUUGGAGGAAGAUUCAAGAUCAGGAAGCUACCUCUGGGGCAUCUGGGACGUGGUGCUCUGAAGUUUCCAGUCACCUCUGGCCUUUCACUACUGGGACAAGACACCUCUCUUCUCAUCUUCUGUAGCUUGUCAGGAACCAUACAGGAGCCUAAGGAAGAGCCUGGGGCCGACUGUCCUCUCACUUGUGAGGAACAGGGCCACAGAAGCCAUGAGACGGUGUCACACAUGGAUGGCCAAGGGGCUAAGCUAGGGGAAAACAUCAGGCAAGGUAACUGCCUGCCUUCACAUGACUCCAUACGGCAACCCAAUGUCUGGGUUGUUCUAGGGAAUUAUUUUCAGUUAUCCACAAGCACUAAGCAGAGGGUCUGUUUCCUUUAGUAUAGACCCUUAGAAGAGGCGGGAUCUAUUUGCGUCCUUAGAGUGAUCUGUCGUUACCCCUUGCCCUCCACUUGAUUUCUGGAACUGGGCUUGGUUUCAGGCAUGUAGUUUUGUUCUUACUAUCACUCCAAACCCUUUCAACCCACUGUCUACAAAUUAAAGGAGGAAGGGCCCCUGCACAAGACCCUGCCACUGUAACUUCAGAAUAAUUCUGCUUGCCAAAUUAUAUCUUUGUCGUCAUCAAUUCACUGACUCAAAUUUAGGACCGCUGUUUUUUUUUGGGGGGGGAGGGGGUUGUUUUUGUUUUUUAAUUUAAAACAAAAUAGGGAAACUUUUGUGUAUGUUGGAAUGCUAGAGAAAAAGCUGUUCUUCCUCCUGCUCUGUGCUUGGGCCUGUAAGUAGUAAAGGGGUUAACUGUCCUUUCUGCCUUGUCUGGGAAUGACCAGGGAUUAUCUCCUGUUGGACGAUUAAGUGGACCUGAUGCUCAACACAUACAGUAUUCGCUGGUCUGUGUUCUCUCUGAUUUGGAAAGUAAAGGAUUUUUUCCUGUGUCGUCUUUCAGUUCAUGUGAAAAUAGGAACUCUUCUUAGAAGUCAGUGCAAUCUCUGGCUUUGAUGGGACAGGGCUGAUGGAUCACAGGUGACCCAUCACAUGAUGAAAGACACUUGGGGUGACUCGGGGUAGCAGAUUUAAGGAAAGUAAAAUUUUCCCCAUACCAGACCCCAAGUUCAGGUGUGACAUGCAAUCCCUAUGGGAACAGGUUCACCCACCCAGCUGUCCUUGGAUCUCAAGGCUGGGGCCCCAGCAUACGAGGGAGGUAGGUUCUGUGGUCCUUCCCUUUUCAGGGUAAAAGCCUAGACACUGCUGUGCCUCCUAAUAGCUCAUUAAAAGCAUUUGUCAAUUUCUCUGCCUCCCAGCUGACAACACAAACUCACUUUUCAACUUUGCUAAUAUUUUAAGCCGUUCUCUUGGGAGAACUAGAAGGUAUAAUGUGCUGUUUCCCUCAGGAGCUGUGCAGGCCAGGUCUUGUUUUCUCUGACUCUGUCCCCAUUUUCUUCUCUGCCAACUGUGAAAGUAUGGGAAGGCUCCCAUACCAGUCCUUUAAGGUUCCCAAACCUGGAGUGCAUAGGUACUAAACCAAGCAGUGCAACUUGUAAUUAAGAAGCUGCAGUGUUUACAUGUUUCUUAAUGUGUUGUCUUUUCAAUGGCUGUAUUUUAAAAGAACAUUUGUUUUAAUGGUGUCUCUAAUUAAAGGAAGCCCUAUGGCUUUGGAGGCAUUGUGCCCACGGUC